AUGACGGUGGGCUUAUACGCGCCAGUAAAGAAGGCCUUGGGCGAAUUCUACAGCACCACCCAGAUUAAUGGCAUCAGCAACGCCAGCAGAGCUACUCACCCAUUCCGGAAAAGCGUUUGGUGGGUCAUCACUUUGAUCGCUGCAGGCGCUACAGCAUACGGGAUCUAUGAUGUGAUCGCGACUUAUCUCAAGUUUUCCGUGUCGACAACAGUUUCCGUGACUCAGCCGGAAUUCCUAGAAUUCCCGGCCGUGACGGUCUGCAAUCUCUCGCCUUUCCCUUGCUCCAAGGUCGCUGCCCUCAACAACAUUGAGGACCUCUCAAAGGAAGGCGGAAGAAAGGAAUUCGCGGAUGAUCAAGUGACCAGCAACACGUAUAUGUAUCUCCUAUCAAGUCUGACGAAAGAGCAGAAGUUGCAACUCGUGCAAGAUAGAGAUGAGUUCAUCCGCAGCUGCACCUACGAGGGCAUCGAUUGCAAAAGCUUUUUUUUGCCCUUUUCGAACACGACGUAUGGGAGCUGCUACGUCUUCAACUUGAAGUUGAACAUGGACAAUGAUUCAGAUGCCGGAUCUAGGAAAGUCGUUUUCGCUGGCCCGAGCAAUGGACUGCAGUUGGAGUUGUAUUUGAACGCGAGUCAGUGGCCAUCGAGUGUGCUGUCAUCAGAAGGCGGCGUCCGUGUUGUCAUCAACCAACCCAGCAACCUCCCUUCCCCCGAGGAAUCCGGAUUCGAUGCCCGCACUGGCUCAGUUACAAAAAUGUGCAGGCGGAUGUGUCUGCAGGCGAAGAUCGUGAAAAACUGCUUUUGCAAGCUCCCUUACAUCCAAGACUACUUCACCUUCUCGGACGGGGAGUUGGAUGAUAGCCCCAUUUGCGACGUUCGAUCCCUCGACGCGAUGACUUCCAUGACAUUGGGAACUCAGAUGCAAUCGCAUGGAAGAGAUCGGAUGAAGUCGGAGGUGGUUAAGGUGGUCAUCUACUUUUCAUCGAUCAUCAAGGAAACCAUCGCAGAAUCCCCCAGUGUGACGAGUACGGACCUGUUGAGCAGCCUGGGAGGAGCCCUAAGCCUGUACUUAGGAAUUUCCUUGGUAAUGUUCUUGGAAAUCAUCGAGAUCAUUCCCUUGGCCGUCCUGGCCUUUAUUAGCAAGUGCUUCGGGAUCGAUCAGGAACAAAACAAUCCACCACCUAGGAGACGUGUGCCUUGUCGGAGUGCUGCCCCCUUGGAAAAUCCAGCCCCCAAUGCAUGGAACACGAAACCAUUUUGA